AUGGAUUUCGCUGAUCAGCUUCCCUCCUACUAUCGAUUCCGUCCUACAGAUUCAGAGCUCAUUGUAGACUACCUGAACGCCAAGAUCGAAUCAAGAGAGCCCGCCAAGUGCCGGUUACACGAGGUCAAUAUUUACAACCACAUGCCGGAAGAACUCGCAGAAACAUAUCGGUCCCACGAGAAGAAAUGGUAUUUUCUGACUUCUCGGGAUCGAAAGUACCCAAGAGGGAAUCGACCUAAUAGAGGUGUACUCGGAAAACAUGGGUACUGGAAGACUACUCAAGUACAAAAGCCGGUGUAUGAUGCCACGUCUGGAGAAAUGGUUGGCUACAAGGGAUCUCUUGCGUUUUUUGAUGAGAAUGACGACAAAACUAUGUGGCUAAUGCAUGAAUAUACAACAAACGAACCCAAUCUUCCUUUUGAAAACGGAGACAAGUUGAACGAAUGGGUGCUGUGCAAGAUUUAUCAGAAUCCAAAGGAGGUGAUGGAAGAACCCAACAUACCACUGCCCAAGAGACGAAGAGUAUUAAAAAAGAAUGAAAUGAGCUUUUCAAAUCACCAACCCGAACAAGUUGACGUUCAAGAAACUAAUAUCUAUUCAGAUUCCUGUGUUGAUCAGAUGGUGACACCUUCCCACGAUCAGUCUGCUCACAUAUGGAAUCUGUUUACUUCGAUUGCAAGCAACGGUUGUCAAAUUUCUGAUCAUAGUGCUUCAAGUUAUGUUUCUAAUAUUGGACCACCUGCUUCCUCCUCACAACCGCUUGAUGAUGGUGCUUACAAAACGCCUACUAGUGAGCAUGGCUUGAAUUCGAUACAACCAGUGCGAAUAAGGGAGUCAUGUUAUCAGAAGAAUAUGCUUUCCUCGACUAAUGCAUUCGACGAUUUUCUGUUUUCAAAUGGUGCUUUGAAUUCUUCUUCUAUGGAACCACUUGAUUGCAGUGGCUACCCACCGGUCUUGGUUCAAAGUUCUUAUGACAAUGCGCCAACCAUAGUCGACGUGCAAAAUUUUUGGGACCAAUCCGCUCAAGGUGAUGCCACUGCUCCUGUUGAAGUUGAAUUGAGCUCGGAAAGUGUGGACAGAUUUAUAGAACAAUCCAUGGGGGUGCCUCACGAUGAUGCUGCUACUGAAGAUUUUCAUUUUCGUCAUAGUUGCAAGGCAACAAUAUCUUCUCCUUUUGAAGUUGAAUGGAGCUCAGAGAGUAUGGACAGAUUUAUAAAACAAUAUUGUAUGGGGGUGUCUCAAGAUGAAGAUGCUAAAGAUUCGAAAACCCAACUCAACUUCCAAACUGGUUCGAAUCAUUACAUGGUGGAUGUAUGUCACGACGAUACUGCUGAUUAG